UUGCAGUUAACUGGAUCAAUUUUUACUUUUUUACUAAUUCGCUUUCUAGUUAGCCGGUUUGCAGAUCAAACCGCCAAAAUCUGGUCACUAAACUCAGGAGCAUGUCUGUACACAUAUACUGGCCAUAGUGGGUCAGUGAAUUGUGUAGCAUUUGCGCCACAAUCGGAAAAUCUCACUGCCGACGUCACAGUAGCUACAGCAAGUGGUGACGAGUCAGCUCACAUCUGGAAGGUCACUAUCGGCUCGCAGUUGGUACUAAGUUCUGAUGAUGAUGACGAGGAUAAAGCUGCAGCGGAAAGCGGACCUGGUGAAAGCGAAGCUGCUUUACACCAAUCAAGCACUGAUGGCAUACGGGUGAAAAACACACUCAUGCGAUUAACUGGACAUACAGGAGUCGUCAUCGGUUGCGACUGGCUUGCAGGUAUGCAAUUCCCGUUUUUUUUGCAACUUUCAUGA